AUGGCGAAUCAUGACAGCUGGCUGGAUAUUCCCAAGGGUUCGCACUUUUCGCGGGCAAACAUACCGUUCGGAAUCAUUACAACUUCAUCUUCAGUCGAGAAGCACGCGGCAAUCGCUAUCGGAGACCAUGUCCUGGACUUGCAUGAGUUUGCGCGCCACCAGGGCUUCAUGGAACUUCAAGACUUCCCUGCUACUCAUAUUGCAACCUUCUCGCAGCCCAGCCUGAACGAUUUUGCCGCACUUGGUCAGGAUGUCCACACCAAAGUGCGUAGGUACUUGCAAAAUGUCUUUGCAAAGGAAACCCCCUUCCCUGGUGUUCUAAGAGACAAUACCGAAACCCAACGCGCGAGUCUCUUUUGGAGAGAUCAAGUCACACUACACCUACCCAUGAAGAUUGGAGGGUACACCGAUUUCUUUGCCGGCAAGAACCACGCAUACAACUGUGGGUGCAUAUUCAGGGACCCCAACAAGGCCCUGCAACCCAACUAUCUCCAUUUGCCUGUGGCCUACAACUCACGAGCCUCAUCAGUCGUGCUUUCGGAUACAGGUAUACAUCGGCCCCUGGGACAAUUCUUGGACAACCCGUCUGCAACCGAGUCAAGCUUUGGACUCUGUCGUCGGCUUGACAUUGAGCUCGAGUUGGGUGCGCUACUAUGCAAGGGAAACCAGCUUGGGGAGCCCAUCGACGUAAAUGAGGCAGAAAAACACAUCUUUGGCCUUGUUCUACUGAAUGACUGGUCCGCUCGGGACAUACAAGCCUGGGAGGCAGUUCCCUUGGGCCCUUUUAACGCCAAAACUUUCGCAACCACCAUCAGUGCUUGGGUUGUGCUGAAAGACGCCCUGGACACGUUUCGUACUCCCGGAAUGUUGAAUGAGACGAAGCUGCACCCCUAUCUGCGGGAAGCGCUCAAGGAGAAUGUUUACGACAUGAAUUUAGAAGUUGAGUUGACAACAACUAAUGGUGAAACGGCAACUUUAUCACGCACAAAUGGUCGCAAUCUCGUGUACUCUUUCGCGCAGAUGAUUGCUCACCACACAAUAGGAGGCUGCCCUCUGGAAGUGGGUGAUCUCAUCGGGUCAGGGACAAUCAGCGGCGCAGAGCCCGGAACUCUAGGCUCCUUGCUCGAGGCUUCCCAUGGAGGGAAAUUGAGUUAUGAUGUAUCUCCCACGAUUAAGCGUACUUUCUUGGAGGAUGGCGAUCGUGUCACCAUUCGAGGCUGGUGUGGGGGUGACCAUUCGGAGAUGGUAGGGUUUGGUGAGUGCUCAGGAACUAUUCUACCAGCGCCCAAGCCGUUAUGGUUGGACACCUGA